GCGAUUAGCUAGAAAUAUGAAUGAAUGGAAACGAUGAUUGGUGAUCGUGUUAUGGAACGAGGUGAUAGAUACAGCUUCAUCGACAUCAACUUGUUAUCAGUGAUAAUUUUAGAAAUCAAUACGUAAACUGUCACGUUUAAUCGAAUACAGAAAAGGAAGCCAGAAUUUAAUACUUUUGAUCAAUUAAAACGUAAAUUAUGAAUAUGCGCGAAUUGUGGUCCACGAGGUUUCGAGCACCGAAAUCAGAAGUCGUGAUGCCGAUAGAAAGAGUGCGGGUAUCGAUCGGUGCAAUCCUAUUACCGGUAGCGGUGCGCGACUCGAUUCCACGGUGAAAUCGGGCCAAACAGGCUAAGUUGAAUGUUAGAACAGUAGUAAGCAAGGAACGUACGUCACGAGCUUGACUCGCCACGUGACUGUUCGCAACUGGCUACGUUUUUACGUCUUUUCAGGACAUUUGUGCUCGGCUCUCGCGGAACCGCCUCCUUCUUCCGAAUGAUCUAAUUGCGUUGACUCGUUGCGAGUGCAUUCGUUCUGUCACUUUCGUGCGUCAUACUAUAGUUUUUGCUAAUAUCACGCAGUCAUGGACAUCGAUCAACGCGACUUCGCUCGCAUUUUCGAGCGACGAUACAAUGUCGAUCGCGUCGUUUAAUGCGAAUCACACCGAACGAAGAUAUAGUUACGCGGUGACGACCGUGUUAUUAAACUGCACGAAGAGAUCGCCCGCAAGAAUUCAGGUUUCUACGUCAUCGAUCAGCGAAACCGGUGGAAAGUCAGAGACUUUAAUGCCCGCAGAGACGCGCGCCGCGGGAUCGUUUUACGUCUGGUUUUAAAGUUGCGUGCUCCACACACACGUGAAGCGAUUUCGUUCCAGUCGCUUGUUGACUGAAAGUCGAUCGUUUCGUCGACGAAUCUUACUACCUCCGGUAAAUUUGGUUUCGGAAUACAUAUAAACACAAGCCAAAAGUGUGUAAACUUUAUAAUCAUCUUAAUUAAAACAUAAACCGAGCUUCAAUCAAGCUGCGAAGAAACAUAAUUCGUGCGUAUCACUUCACAAUAAGACACUCGAACGAGGAUUUUUAACGAAUUCCAAAUAAUCGUUAAUUUUAUCUCCGCGACCAUCGAGUCGAAAUCUUUAAACACCUGUUCACGAUCGGAAUUCGCGAAGUUUCUCGUUUCGUAUACAAGUACUCGUCGGCAGGUAUUCCUGUUCGAUUCAACGACCGAUCAUCCGGAGGAAAAAGAGGGUCAGCCUGGUUUGGAAAAUUGGAUGUGCUCUGGCCGGGGUCCUGUUUAGCGGUGAGCGGCACCGUUAUCGGGGACAGGCGAUUUAUCAGCCCAUUGUCUUGGGGCGGGGUGAACGCGAACUCGAUUAUCGGGAUUCGCCACGAAUGUACGAAUCGUACUGGGAUCGUCAAAUCUGGUGGCUUUAACAAACAUAGACGCGGAUGUAUGCGCGAGGAGGAAACAAGCUUGUAUAGAAGAAAGUGAUUAAUGGGAGGAAGUCUCAACGAGUAUAACUCUGAUAAAAUGUCAACGAAGCGAUGUUCAUAGGAGAAGAUCGAUUCGAAUGGAAAGUGAUUAAUAGACCUGGAAUCGUGUCUCAGAUUGAAACCGUGGGAGGAAACUCUCGAUCAUCGAUGACAAUCUAAUUAGUUUCCUUUUAAGAGUGUUUAAUAGCAGCGCUGUCUAUUGAAAUAAUUUUGUAAAUCAUCGUUGAAAAAAAAAACAUCCAGGUCAGAUGUAUCUAUUUAAUCGUUAAAACGAAUCGUCGAACAAACGAUCACGUGAAUAGAAAAGGGAAUUGGGCACCGAAGGAAGGCUCUAUGAACGUGCAUCCGUACUCACUGGAUGAGUGGAGGUGCCUCGUUGCCACCUCUUGGCAACCGACGCAAAUUGUCCCGUCGAAGACGAGACCCGACUGUCCGCGAAUUCUGGUGAUCGUGACCGAGGAAGCAUCUGUGCCGGGAAAAGUGGCUCAUCAUGUCCGUGCUGGAAGCGGGUGAAGCCGACAGGUCGACGAUGUCACCGCUGGACGAAGUCGUGUCCCCGACGAGCGUCGAGUCGGAACUGAUGGUUACCGACAUGUUGGACGAGCACGAGACCACGCUGAACGAACAUAGAGACGGCAAGCGUAAGAGAGACACAGACGGCGAGGAGCUCACACCCAGGAAAUUGCCCUCACUCACCAGGAACAACAACGACGUGGGCUUUGUCCUCGAGGAGAGCGCCGACGACGAUCUCCACGAGGACAGGGAUGAUGACCGAUUAACUGGUCACGGGGGUAUUUCCUCGCUGGGCGGUGGAAAUUCCUCGCCGUAUUCCGGCGCCCAUCACCACGGUCACAGAGGCAAUGGAAACGGCAGUGGGAUGCCCCAUCACGGGGGCGCAUCGUUGCCCACCGCCUCCGACUUUCAACCACCGUACUUUCCACCCCCGUUCCCUUCGCAUCAUCAUGCGCCGGCGAGCCCUCAACAUCCGGGUCUUGGCCAGCCACAACAUCUCGAUUACCUCGUCGGCGAUCCAUACACGCAGACGCUCAACACGUUGCAUCAACAUCACUAUAAUCACUUGAGUGCCGCUGUCACGGCUGGCCAGAGGAGUGGUGAUCUCAGGAGGGACGCAGAGGGCAUCCAUGUGACAAAUAUGCAUGCGUCGUUUCCAUACGACGGUGGGCGCAGUAGUGGCGGAGGUGGUGGCGGCGGAGGUGGCGGUGGCGGUGGCGGCGGCGGUGGAAGGGGCGUCGAAUAUGGCGCUGUUCGCCGUCCUGACGCCCUUCUACCACCCCCGGGUCUCGACCAAACCGACCUCGUUCUCCACAGCAGCCUCGUAGACGACCCCCAGGUGAGCGACGAUAACACAAAUGUAGACGAUGGAGGAUUCAUGAAUGACCUGCCUCUCCUAAAAAACAUGAAACCAUCGGACAGGAGUGAGAAGGCGAUGCUAAGUGGGAACGCGCAGCCUUCGGACGUGUUCUGUUCGGUUCCAGGACGAUUAUCGUUACUAAGCAGCACCAGCAAGUACAAAGUUACGGUAGCCGAGGUACAAAGACGACUAUCGCCACCGGAAUGCUUAAACGCGAGCCUCCUCGGUGGAGUCUUACGGAGAGCAAAGUCCAAAAACGGCGGACGUCUGCUUAGGGAAAAAUUGGAAAAAAUUGGGCUAAAUUUGCCAGCAGGAAGAAGGAAGGCCGCCAAUGUCACACUUUUAACAUCCUUAGUGGAAGGAGAAGCCAUUCACCUUGCCAGAGACUUCGGCUAUGUCUGCGAAACCGAAUUCCCUGCGAAACAAGUUGCCGAAUACCUCAGUCGGCAGCAUUGUGAACCACAAGAUUCCUACAGGAGAAAAGAACUUCUUCAUGCCACCAAACAAAUCACCAAAGAGCUGAUGGAUCUUCUCAAUCAAGACAGAUCGCCACUUUGUAAUACACGGCCGCAACAUAUCCUCGACCCAAGCAUACAGAGACACCUAACACAUUUCUCUCUCAUAUCACACGGAUUCGGAAGUCCUGCAAUUGUAGCCGCUCUCACGGCAAUACAGAAGUUCCUAAGCGAGUCCCUGAAUCACCUUGAGAAGAUGUACCCAGGCAACGGGAGCGGCGUGACAAGUAGUCAGCAAUCGAACCUCGACACGAAUAAGAGCAAGGACGGCACGUUGAUGAACGACAUGAAGAAGUGACGCCCAGAGGACCCGCCUACCUCGAAUGUGGUCACUUCAAUCAGGCACUCCUGGCCGUACAACUGAGUUUUCGCGAGUUUUGCUAAUCGCGAACAGCUUCUGGUGGACCACUGAAACGACACGUAUGUCCGCGCAGCCACGAGCUCCAUUGUAUAAUCAAGAAAAAAAAAGAAAAGAGAGAAAAAUAAACAUGAAGAGAAACGAAAAGAAUGGACGAGAAAGGAGGCCUACUCGAAGAAAUAUUGGCGCUACACGUGCGGAUAUCCGUGUUCGCCGAGGUUGGCUGGUCGAAAGUGUACUAGAUAAAUGAAUGACGAAACGUCACAAGAAAUGUGCAAUCGUGAACCUCAGACAGGGUUCAUCGAAGAUCUGGUCGAGUCGAAAUGACCAGCAAUGAGAUAUAAACAAGAUACUAUACUUCAUUUAUCCUUGGUUUAACGGAAAGAACAUAGUCGGCGUACUUGUAUAUCGUUUCGAAGAAACAUCAAGGAUCUUUGAUUCGCGGAUCGAUCCGCGAUUACGUUCGUUACAACAAGGAUCUGCUCGAGUAAAAUAUAGGAAUUGUAAUGAAAUGUAAUUACCGUUUAUUCUUUCACUGCCUGCUCAGUCUUGAAACGCAUCUGUGUCAAACGAGAAAGAACGUAUCGAUUGAUUCGGCGGGAUCCGCGAUCGUCGUGAUAUAGAGUUGAAACUUUUAUUACGUCUUCCCCGUUUAUUUUCAUAAGUUCUCUCUCGUGUGCGAUCGCACACCAAACGGUUCGAAGAUAUUUAUACGCAUUACGAUUACUUGUGAUAGCUUUAGUGAUAGUUGAAACGUUUGUGCAAUCGUUACGACUUAAUUCUCGCUCAGAUCUUUACACAUUUCGCAUUUUAUCGAUAGAAUACAAUCUAAUGGAAUGAUUAAAAGUUCCAAAUAAAACAAAAUAUAAUGUGAAAUGUACAGAUUCAGAUGAUGGCUAGAAAUUCAUUUUCAAUACCAGAUAAAAAAAUUUAUUUAAAGAAGACAAAUCUAUUUAAAAAAAAAAAAUACACAAAAAUAUAUCCGGACUAAUUGAAUUUGGAUGUCUACGCCUGCGUCCAUUACGCGAAUCCAUCGAUAC